GACAGUAUAAAACGUCAAAAGUCGUGUCAAACUUGGUGUAUUGUGAAAUCGUGCGACUUGGCUAAUUGGAGUUUUCCCUUAAAUUAAAUUAAAAUACAGUGCGAGGAUAAUCAACAAUUUCUAACAAAAUGUCCUCAAGAGGACGCGAAAAUCGCGACGAUCCUGGGUCAUCAUCGCGAUGCCUGACGCUUCUAGAAAAGCAAAAAUACAUCGAAGAUUACGACUUUCCCUAUUGUGAUGAGUCGAAUAAAUAUGAAAAAGUCGCUAAAAUCGGACAAGGAACAUUUGGGGAAGUGUUCAAAGCCAGAGACAAGAAAUCCACUAAAAAGUUUGUGGCCAUGAAGAAAGUUUUGAUGGAUAACGAGAAGGAAGGGUUCCCCAUUACAGCACUUCGUGAAAUUCGGAUUUUACAGCUACUCAAGCAUGAAAACGUCGUUAAUUUGAUAGAAAUAUGUAGGACCAAGGCUACAGUAAAUAACCGGUACCGCUCCACAUUUUACCUCGUGUUUGACUUCUGCGAGCACGAUUUAGCUGGACUUCUGUCCAACAUCAAUGUAAAGUUUAAUUUAGGCGAGAUAAAGAAGGUUAUGCAGCAACUGCUGAACGGACUCUACUACAUUCAUAGUAAUAAGAUUUUACAUCGUGAUAUGAAAGCCGCCAACGUCCUCAUCACAAAAUAUGGCGUCCUCAAACUAGCUGACUUUGGGCUUGCGCGAGCUUUCAGUGUCCCAAAGAACGAUCAAAAGAAUCGCUACACAAACCGGGUCGUUACGCUUUGGUAUCGACCGCCAGAACUGCUUUUAGGUGACAGAAACUAUGGUCCUCCCGUGGACAUGUGGGGAGCGGGCUGCAUAAUGGCUGAAAUGUGGACUCGCUCACCGAUCAUGCAGGGAAAUACGGAGCAGCAGCAGCUGAUCUACAUUUCCCAAUUGUGCGGCUCAUUCACGCCCGACGUGUGGCCGGGCGUCGAAGAACUGGAAUUGUACAAAACACUCGAUUUGCAGAAGGGGCACAAGCGAAAAGUGAAAGAGCGUUUGCGCCCGUAUGUUAAGGACCCUCAUGGUGUAGACUUGCUCGAUAAGUUACUGCAACUGGAUCCUAAUCACCGAAUCGAUGCUGAUACUGCCCUGAAUCAUGACUUCUUCUGGACAGAUCCGAUGCCAUGCGAUUUGAGCAAAAUGUUAUCACAACAUACGCAAAGUAUGUUCGAAUAUUUGGCACCACCUCGACGUCCAGGCCAAAUGAUGCGCCACUAUCAUCAGCAAAUCAAUCAGAUGCAGGCGAAGCCUCAGGAUAAUAGUCUUAUCGAUCGAGUUUAUUAGUUAGUUUUUAUCCUAGGAAAAGAAUAAUAAUAAGUUAUUCAGUUAAUUGGUUUUGAUACAUACAGACGUGAAUAAACUAGAAUUUAAGUGGA